CUAAAAUGGCACCGCGUAGGUUUAUUCGUGUAAUGUCAACGGAAUGCGUUCUUGUGAUUAUUGAAGGUAAUGAAUGAUAGGGGUGCGACUUUAUUAUACAUAUUACAUGUUGAUUUUAUUUAGAAAAUUAAAAAAGGAGAACGACGAGAUGGGCAUAUUUUUCACUAAGAAGAAACCACAGAGUCGCAUUACCGAACAAGACAAGGCUAUCUUGCAAUUGAAACAAACUAGAGACAAAAUCAAACAAUAUCAACGUCGAAUCGAACAAACUCUUGAGAAGGAACGACUUCUAGCUAAGAAACUUAUACAUAAUGGACAGAAAGACCGAGCUUUAUUAUUGCUGCGUAAAAAAAAAUUCCAAGAGCAAAUUCUGUCAAAGAUCGAUGGUCAGCUAGAAAAUCUAGAAAUUAUGGUACAUAAUAUAGAAUUUGCCCAAAUAGAAAUUAAAAUUGUUGAUGGUCUAAAAGAAGGAAAUGCUGCUUUGAAAAAGUUACAUGACAUUUUUUCUAUUGAUGAAAUCGAAAAAGUUAUGGAUGAAACAAGGGAAGGCAUUGAAAAACAAAGGGAAUUGGAUGAAAUAUUAUCUGGUGAACUUACGCAAGAAGAUGAAGCAGAAGUAGAGGCAGAAUUAGAUGUUCUAUUGAAUGCAGAAAUUAAAGAAGCUGCACCAGAAAUACCAGAUGAAAUAACAUUGCCAGAAGUACCGACAAAUUUACCAGAAAGGAGGAAAGAACGCGUAAAGGAAAAAAUGCAAGAAGCAAUUGCUUUAGAAGCGUGAAAGACAAAUGAGUCGUAAGAGUAAAACUUCGACUACUUCAAAACUAUGCAAAAGUUCUUUGUACAUAUGUACAGUGUAUAAUGUUAAGAUGUUAUUAAUUAUAAAGUCAAUAACAUUUAAUUGAAAACUAAA